UCUUCCUUCUUUGGGAUAGUUUGGUUGAUGCUUUUUGCUCAAGGACCGUUUGAAGUAUAUGGACAAGUUGCACUUGGACCGACAGAGGUUAAACCAAUAUCAGUAUUCGAAUGCCUAUCAAAUGUUGACAUUAAAUUUCGAUUCUUUCUCGAAACGGAUAACAAAACAGGACAGCUAAUAGCAGAAUGCGAUACUGCAGUACUCACAUGCUAUUUGUCACAUUCCUCUCUAUCCAAAUAUUAUUCAGUAAAGUACGCUGGUAAAGGUGGAGAGUUAGAUAUCUUAGAAGAUAAUAAACAGACUCGAGGCAUCUACACUUGCUGCGCAACGUAUAACUCUUCUAGUUGCGUCAGACGGAAAAUAACGGGCCCGCCAUACACACACAUUACAACUUUACACAACAGCACGCCACACACACACACUACAACUUCACACAUCGGCAAGGCCGUUGAAAACAAAAUUCUGGAGCGACAAGCGAACAGCAAAACAAACGCCACAGAAACGAAAUUGGAUGUGAAUGAUAAUCGCCCUUUAUUGGUAGGCAUUUUGGUUGUGCUUAUUAUUGGUGUAGCCGUCAUCAUAGUAUUAACAACCGUGAUUGUUUGCGAUAAGUGCAGCAAACAAAAAGAUCAAAAUCCAGAACAAACAACUUUCAUACGGAAAACUUGAGAGAUGGAACUUUUGACAACAUACGAAAAUACGGCUGGAAGGAAUAAGUGUAGAUAACAAUAUAAUUAUGUUUACGUUUAUUUCUACUUAUACAUAUAUGUAUCACGCCCAAUACCCAAUAAAUACUAUUGCAGUGCAUAUAUGUGUUGAACAAGGAACUUAAUAUAACAUGAAUAUUGCAUCAUAUGUGAUAUGUGCUGAAUAAGGACCAUAAUAUAAUAUGAAUAUUACAUCAUGAUAUGUGAUAUGUGUUGAAAAAGGACAAUAAUAUUUUAUCAUAUUAACUGAAGUGUCCACCAAUAUUUCAGAAGCCGUAUGAAUAACGAUUAUGAAGUACAAAUGAGAGAUGUGUAAAUGUAAUUUACUGACAGCGUUGAACGUAAAAUCACACAAAAAACUAGAUAAAUGACUUAUGAUCUUAAAUAAAUGUUCUUAUUUACAUGUAUGAAGAAACAUACGUGUGAAGAACAGAGAUGCAAACAACUUAAGACCACUUACGACCAUCGUUAACAUUGGUUUCUGAAAUUCACUUAACGUUACUCAGCUAUUUUAGAGACUAGUUACUGGUUGCAAAUGGUGGCCGACUAGUCAUCAGUAUACAUUUUGUCGCAGAUUUAUUUCGAAAAUGUUAUUCUUCAACAUGAAUAAUUACCAUGUAAU